GUGCGUCGAGAAGUGCUAACGAAAAUUGUACACCAUUUCCAUUCACUUGUUACGUAACUUGACUGCGGACAUGGCGUUGGUGUGUGUGGAGGACUUUGAGAAGAAGGCAGCAGGGAAGCUGGAAAAAAAUGCACUGGACUACUACAGAAGCGGGGCAGGGGAGCAGUUUACACUGGGGCUAAAUCGUGAGGCCUUCCGAAGACUACGCCUCCGUCCCCGGUGCCUGAGAGACGUUUCCCGCCUGGACAUUAGCUGUCCGAUCUUUGGAGAGCAAAUGAAAUGGCCACUUGGUAUUGCACCGACUGCAAUGCAGAAAAUGGCUCAUUCAGAUGGCGAAGUGGGCAAUGCAAGAGCAGCCGGAAAAGCCGGAUCCAUAUUUAUUCUCAGCACCCUCUCGACCACAUCGCUGGAGGACUUGGCCGCCGGCGCGCCCGACACCUGCAAAUGGUUCCAGUUGUACAUCUACAAAGACCGCACAAUUACUGAGAAACUGGUACGCCGUGCGGAGAAGGCUAACUUUAAGGCUCUUGUCCUGACCAUUGAUGCCCCAAUCUUCGGACAUCGCCGUGCCGAUGUUCGCAAUAACUUCAGCUUACCAUCCCACUUGACUUUGGCCAAUUUCCAGGGUGUGAAGGCCACCGGCGUGGCCACUACUUCAAUGGGCGCCUCUGGCAUCAAUGAGUACGUGUCCAGCCAGUUCGAUCCCACUAUAACCUGGCAGGAUAUCAAGUGGCUGAAGAGCAUUACUCACCUGCCCAUCGUCGUAAAGGGUAUUUUGACUGCAGAGGACGCUGUGCUCGCCAAAGAGUUUGGCUGCGCCGGGAUCAUCGUGUCCAAUCAUGGAGCCCGCCAAAUAGACACAGUCCCUGCCUCGAUAGAGGCCCUUCCCGAAGUGGCGAAGGCUGUGGGCAAUGACCUGCUGGUUAUGCUGGAUGGGGGCAUCAUGCAGGGUAAUGAUAUCUUCAAAGCCCUAGCUCUGGGAGCCAAGACUGUCUUUGUCGGUCGCCCUGCCGUCUGGGGUCUAGCGUACAACGGACAGAAGGGUGUUGAGGAAAUGUUGGGUGUACUCAGAAAGGACUUCGAGAUCACAAUGGCAUUGAUCGGCUGCCAAACACUGAAAGAUAUUCAAUCGUCGAUGGUGGUGCAUGAGUCGCUAUAUUCAAAGCUUUGAGAAUGGAAACCAAACCUAGAACCUUUAAUAAAAAGUCCAGAGAAAAUUCGGUUUUAAAUAAAUCACAACUAGAAAGAAAA